AUAACAUUCCAACGCAACUCCUUCACUGUUCAUUGCCUCUCGAAUCUCAUUCAGGCAACAAAGGGGAAGAGACCGAAAAACCCUGUCCGCACCGAAAGGGCGCUGAGAGGCUGUGCUUGAGGUGCUCCAAUGGCGGAUAAACCCCAACCGAUACGCGUUUUGUACUGCCCAAUCUGCAGUUUGCCGGCCGAGUAUUGUGAAUUCGGUCCCGAUUUCGAAAAAUGCAAGCCCUGGUUGAUCCAGAAUGCCCCCGAUCUCUAUCCCGAUCUCCUUAAAGAGGCCAAUGGGAAGGAAGUUGGUGAAGUUUCUAAUCAACUGCAGUCCACCUGUAUCUCAUCUGCUGCUGGCGAUGGAGCCGCUUCUUCAGCACCUAAGAAAGAGGAAGUGAAACGUCUUCCUGGUGGCAAGAUAAAGAAAAAAGAGAAACAAGAAGUUGUAAUUGAGAAGGUAACACGAAAUAAGAGAAAGUGUAUUACAACUGUUAAAGGGUUAGACCUUUUUGGAGUUAAACUUAGUGAUGCUUCGAAGAAACUUGGGAAAAAGUUUGCUACGGGGGCCUCUGUGGUCAAGGGGCCAACUGAGAAAGAUCAAAUCGAUGUUCAAGGGGACAUAUUCUAUGACAUUGUGGAUUUCAUUACUGAAACUUGGCCUGAUGUUCCUGAAACUGCAAUUUUCUUCAUCGAAGAUGGGAAAAAGGUUCCUGCUGCUUGACAAGGAAAUCAUGGCAAACAAAAGUUGGGACUUUUGACAUCCUUUUCCCUACUUGUGCGAGUCCUACUAAGAUUCGACAAGUGGCCAUUACAGUUCUUUUUUUUGUUAAAGUUCCAAAAGCUAUGUAUUGGAUCAUGAACUUUUUGUCCCACUUUCUUCAAUCGUUGUAGCGUUUCCUCAGGAGAUAAGCUUAUUGAUUUUGUCCUUUUUAUUUAUUUAAAAAGAAGAAGAAGAAGAAAAAAAAAUCUUGGUCAAUGUCUGUUCUAACUCAUGAGUGCUCUGUAUAGAGGUCUAUCCUAAUCUUGUAUUCUUUUUCAUACACUUCACAGAAAUAACUCAAGACACGUGUCUCUCCAUAUUUCCUCCCCA